UACUAGUUGCAGCUUACAAAUCUAGCCAUGGCUCGUGAGAACUUAGGGGUGCUUAAUGCACUCGAUGCAGCCAAAACACAAAUGUACCAUUUCACUGCUAUUGUCAUAGCUGGUAUGGGAUUCUUCACAGAUGCAUAUGAUCUUUUCACCAUACCAAAUGUUACCAAGUUGCUUGGUAGAAUAUACUACACAGUUGAAGGUGCUCCAAAGCCAGGAACACUGCCUCCAAAUGUGUCUGCUGCAGUGAAUGGUGUUGCACUUUGUGGCACACUAGCAGGCCAACUUUUCUUUGGUUGGCUUGGAGACAAAAUGGGAAGGAAAAAGGUUUAUGGCCUAACACUUGCCCUUAUGGUUGUGUCCUCUAUUGCAUCUGGCCUUUCUUUUGGCCAUACUCCAAAGAGUGUCAUAUCCACACUAUGUUUCUUCAGGUUCUGGCUUGGAUUUGGCAUUGGUGGUGAUUACCCUCUCUCUGCCACCAUCAUGUCUGAAUAUGCAAACAAAAGGACUCGUGGGGCAUUCAUAGCUUCAGUUUUUGCUAUGCAAGGCUUCGGAAUCUUGGUUGGUGCUGUUGUUUCCAUCAUAGUUGCAACUGCAUUCAAUCAUGCAUACAAGGCUCCAUCAUAUGCAGUUAACGCUGCAGCAUCACUUGUGCCUCAAGCUGAUUAUGUUUGGCGCAUAAUUUUGAUGUUUGGUGCUGUACCUGCUGCUCUUACUUACUACUGGCGCAUGCAAAUGCCUGAGACAGCAAGGUACACAGCACUUGUUGCCAAGAAUGGAAAACAAGCAGCACUAGAUAUGUCAAAGGUGUUGCAAGUUGAAAUUAUAGCUGAGCAAGAAAAGGUAGAUGCGAUAUCCAUAAGAGAUGACAACAAUUUUGGUUUGUUUAGCAAGGAAUUUGCACGCAGACAUGGACUUCACUUGCUUGGAACCUGCGCAUGUUGGUUCCUUCUUGAUAUUGCAUAUUACAGUUCAAACCUUUUCCAAAAAGACAUUUACUCUAACAUUGGGUGGCUCCCUCCAGCAAAAGACAUGAAUGCAAUUCAAGAGGUUUACAAGGUUGCUAGAGCAACAGCACUUAUAGCACUCUGUGGUACUGUUCCAGUUUUCAUGUUUGCACUUGCUCUUCCAUAUAAUCACUGGUCACAGAAAAGUCACAGAAUUGGGUUUCUUGUUAUGUAUGCAUUGACCUUCUUCUUUGCAAAUUUUGGUCCAAACUCAACCACUUUUGUUGUGCCUGCUGAAAUUUUCCCUGCAAGGUUGAGGUCAACAUGCCAUGGUAUAUCCGCAGCUGCAGGGAAAGCUGGAGCAAUUAUUGGUGCAUUUGGAUUCUUAUAUGCUUCACAAGACAAGGAUCGAACAAAGAGAGAUGCAGGGUACCCUGCUGGUAUUGGGAUGAAGAACACUCUUAUUGUGCUUGCUGUGGUUAAUUGUCUUGGCAUAUUUUUCACUUUGUUGGUGCCAGAAUCAAAUGGAAAAUCAUUGGAGGAGUUGAGUAGAGAGAAUGAAGAUGAAGGUGGUGAUGAGAUUACUGAGCAGCAAGCCACUACUAGCAGGACUGUUCCAGUUUGAUGUUAUAAAUGGUGAAAUCAAUCACAAGUGUUAUUAUAGAUUGUUAUUAUUAUCAAAGUUCCAUCCAUGAAUAUGUUCAAAUAUAUUGUAUGGUUUUAAUUUUAUCAUAUCUCAAAUUCCCCCAGGAGUAGCUAGCCUCUUGUUGAGAACUGAGAGCUUUGGUAUUCCAACUUGUCUUUGCUGCUCAGUCUCACAAACCUUUUUCUUGUUCCUGCUAAUUUUUUUCUGUUUGGAAUAAAAUAUCUUCUUGUGUAAAUGAUAGAAAGUGAAUA